UGGAGAGAUAGCUCAAUGGUUAAGAACACCGGCUGCUCCUCCAGAGGACCUGGGUUCAAUUCUGUUCCCACAUGGCAGCUCACAACCAUCUGUAACUCUAGUUCCAAAGGAUCCAGUGACCUUCUAGCCUCCAAGAACACCAAGCACACAUGUGGUAUACAGACUUCCAUAUACAUAAAAAGUAAAAUAAGCUCCACGGGGGCGAGUCGCGGCGGUGCUGCGUCUCCUCGGCCGCCGCAGGGCCGCUCCUCGCGACAGGACAAGUACUCGGUACUCCUGCCCACCUACAACGAGCACGAGAACCUGCCGCUCAUCAUGUGGCUGCUGGUGAAGAGCUUCUCCGAGAGUGCGAUCAACUAUGAAAUUAUAAUCAUAGAUGAUGGAAGCCCAGAUGGGACAAGAGAAGUUGCCGAACAACUGGAAAAGAUCUAUGGGUCAGACAGAAUUCUCCUAAGACCACGGGAGAAAAAGCUGGGCCUGGGAACUGCCUAUAUUCAUGGAAUAAAACAUGCCACAGGAAACUAUGUCAUCAUUAUGGAUGCUGAUCUCUCACACCAUCCCAAAUUUAUUCCUGAAUUUAUCAGGAAACAAAAGGAGGGUAAUUUUGAUAUUGUCUCUGGAACUCGCUACAAAGGAAAUGGGGGUGUUUAUGGCUGGGAUUUGAAAAGAAAGAUAAUCAGCCGUGGGGCCAAUUUUAUAACUCAGAUUUUGCUGAGACCAGGAGCGUCGGACUUAACAGGAAGCUUCAAAUUGUACCGAAAAGAAGUUCUGCAGAAAUUAAUAGAAAAAUGUGUCUCCAAAGGAUAUGUCUUUCAGAUGGAGAUGAUUGUUCGAGCAAGACAGUUGAAUUACACCAUUGGUGAGGUUCCAAUAUCAUUUGUGGAUCGAGUUUAUGGUGAAUCCAAGUUGGGAGGAAAUGAAAUAGUCUCUUUCCUGAAAGGAUUAUUGACUCUCUUUGCUACUACAUAAAAGAAAUUACUCAUUUA